AAAUUUUUUUAUGUGUCACGGCUCUUUCUCUGCUGAAUGCAGCCAUUGGUUGAUAUUUUCUAACCUAAUCUAUGUACUACUUUAUCGAGGAGUUGUGUUAAAUAGCUUUUUUUUAUAGCUGAAUAUACUUCUGUGCUUAUAGGAAAAUAAAAAAAAAUCAUCGCUUAUAAUAAGUUAUUGUAUGAAAGUUAUGAUUAUUUUUAAUAUCAAGAAAUAUGCCUCGAUUGCCUCGAUUAUCUCUGCAUCCUUCAUCUGGGACAGGUAUUAUUACGCCGUUCAGUAAGGCAAUACGGUUUGUUCGUUAUGGUUGCACUAAUAGACCAUUCUAUCAUAUCGUGGUAAUAGAUGUAAAAAAGCAGCAGAAAAGACCACCAAUAGAACAAGUUGGUGUCUAUGAUCCCAUUCCAAAUGUGCACAAUGAAAAAUUAAUAUCUUUUAAUUUUGAAAGAUUACAAUAUUGGAUUGCUAAAGGAGCACAGAUAUCUGUACCUGUUGCAGAUAUAUUAGGACUUGCUGGGUUUUUACCUGUUCAUCCAAGAGCAUAUAUGAGAGCAUGGAGAAAUCGCAGAAUUAUAAAAGCAACUGCUGCUGAAGAAAGUAUAUGUCAAGCGCAAACGUCUAAAAUAUAAUUCUUGCAUGUAGCAAUUUUUGUUUUGUACAAUAUUCAUAACAUAUUAAUAAAAUUAUUGUGAAGUAGUUAAAAACUAUAUAUAGUGUAAUCCAUUGUCUACAGUGGGCAGUAGCAAUAGUGGAGUUGUAAGCUGUAAGAAAUUAAUCACAGUUGAUAAUCCGUCUCACACUCGACUGUGAUUGAUCAAUUUCUUACAGCUUAGAGUCAUCCACUAUUGCUACUGCUCAUUGUAGACCAUGUGUAAUAAAAAAAUGUCUAAAUGUAAAUAUAGUAAUGUUUAAACUAUCUUAGUUAAAGUUUAAACUAUUUUAAUUAAUAAGUUACAGAUUUAAAUUUUUACUAUAGUAUUAUUUAUGAUGUCAUAGGGAAGAAAUGACAUGGAAUAAUAAUUUCCUUGCGAUGUAUAGCAUUAUUUUUUAGAAAAAAAACUAAAAGAUAAAACUAUAAAAAUAUUUUACUGAAAUUGACCCCAUUUAUUCCAUCAAUAUAUGCAGUUUUCGGUAGAUUUUAUAAUAUAUAAAAAUUCAAAAAAUUUCAAUAGUACUUUCUUUAUAUUUCAAUGGUAACUUCAAAAAUUAAAAUUUCAAUAGUAACUUUCUUUAUAUUUCACAAUAUUACCUUGAAUGUAUAAUACGUUAUGAACUCGAUGAAGAAUGAAAUAAAAAUUAUUGAAAAAUUA